AUCUGUUGUGUACGAAAGUCAACACUGUCGUACACUUAUUGACCAUAGGUGGGGAUAUAGAAAAUAUUAGACAUAGCCAUUCUAAUCCAUUUUGAUACAGAAGAAGAGCCAUAAACUGAGUUGGAUUACAAGAUAUCAUGAGGUUCCGAUUUUGUGGAGAUUUGGACUGUCCGGACUGGGUGUUAGCUGAAAUCAGCACGUUAGCACGAAUAUCAAGUGUCAAAAUGAAAUUACUCUGUGUACAAGUCAUAAGAGACCUCUUCGACGAAGACAUCGAUUAUGACAAAGUCUCAAAGCUAACCUCUGAUGCAAAAUUUGAGACUGGAGAUAUUAAAGCUAGUGUUGCAGUGCUGAGCUUUAUUCUCUCUAGUGCUGCAAAGCAUGAUGUUGACAGUGAAUCUCUGUCCAGUGAACUUCAGCAGCUAGGCUUGCCUAAAGAGCACACCACGGGACUGUGUAAAUCCUAUGAAGACAAGCAUUCAGCCUUGCAGGAGAAGCUGAAACAGAGUAGUCUGCGCUGUCGUCUGGAAGCAGUGAACUGGAGGGUGGAUUACACUCUGAGCUCCAGUGAACUGAUGGAGGUGAACGAGCCUAUAGUGCAGCUGAGGCUCCAGGCUCAGCAUCCAGAGUCUGGCUCCACAGCGACCACUGUAGUCUCUGUCACUGCAGACAAGUUCAGAGUGCUAUUAACAGAACUCAAGCAAGCUCAAGCCAUGAUGAAUGCACUGCAGUGAAUCAACUGUGUAUUGUGUAUAUAUAAUAUUAUAAAUAUAUUUACAGCAUAUCUGACAGGAACAGUAUGCAGCAAUUUUUUACUUUUUGUCACAGACACACUUUUAUUUGUUUUUGUGCAUGUUGUAUGGAAAGCCUGAAUUCAUGUUAUGAUACUAGAGCUGGUCAAUGGAAUUUGAAUGAAGAAAUCCAUUUUGUGAAUGGUAAAUGGUGCUUUACUUA